UUGCUAUAUCUAUAAUUUUACUGUUAUUUACAAAAUGUUGUAUUUUAAUAUUUAAACUCUUUCAAAAUAGCUUAUUUGAUCAAAGCCCAUAGUACUAUAUAAAUAUUUGCAUUAUACAAUGAAAAAUGUUCUAUAUUUUAUAUAUUUUAGUUUAAUAUAGAGGUUAGACCAAAUGCAGUUGUCAUAGUCUUGUAGGACAUUACUUUAGCCUAAAAAAGUUAUAUAUUAAAUAUGAGUGAGUUUUUAUACCAAUUUUAAAUUACACUUUCAAUAGAUAUAUGUAUAUAUAAAUAUCUGAUCAUUUCUAUGGAUAGUUUUGCGUCAAGGACUUCAAACACUUAUAAGAUAGGUAAUAUCUCCAAAAAUAUUCAUAGUAAAUUACAUUUUUGCCCAUAGCUUGUCAAUAUUACUCCGAUUUCCACCAUUCAAUUCCUCUUAUUGAGAUAAUUCAAAUGAAGCUAUAUAUCCAAUUGCAGGUUGUCGAAAUAACAAUCCCGUAAUUUACAUAAUUUCUAAACUAUCUCUAUAAUAUGCUUUUUUUUAAAAAAUUUUACUAAUUAGGCUAAGCAAACUUGUUAUGUUAUCUAUUUAAGUAAUUUUGAGAUUCUGAUGUGAUGAGCACGACACUCAAGAUGGAUGUAUUUGGGGGGUUUCUUUUUUAAAGAUCAUAUAAAAUAUUACAUAUAUGGACCUUCAGGCAACAGAUUCUCAAAACUUUCGUCUGCCCCUCCCCUAAGUGCUAUAGUAUUUGCAUUCUUUCAUGGUAAUGCAAGUAGUACAAAACCAUUUAGGUCUGAAAUUUCAAAUUUAGAAGAGUAG